AUGGGAGCAAGAAGAAAUAGGAUGAGAGGGCGAAGUAGGAUUCAAGGCCUUGGGAAGGGUACUAUCCGAGAGGUCAAAGAGAUUAAGAAGGAAGAGAAGCAAGAAGGAAAAUUCAAUGUCGACUUCCAAGAGCUCAACAAUGAGUUGUCUACCAUUGAGCUGAAGGACGAGAGUACAAAGCAUUCUGAUGGCAGUGAGGCGAGCUGUGAGAAGGAUUCUUGUAUGAACGAUAGAGAUGAUAAGGCUGAAGAGAUCAAUGACAAAGAAGUGGUAGACGAGAAUGGCAGAGACGUUGAAGAAGAGGGUAAGAUAGGAAGCAGACAGGAGAAUGAAGUUGAUGUUGUAGGGAUGUCUCAGAUUCUCCAUCCCAUGACACCGAAUGUAUUGACUAAUGCUGUGCUUCAGACACCCGUGAGAAGAGUACUCCAUGAAGAGGGAAACAACCUUCUCGUUAAGGAGGAGGGCCUGAUGCUUCCGAGCAAGAUGAUCAUCAACAGGUAUCCUGGGUAUCUAUUUAUUCAUAUAGAUCAGGUGGAAAGGUUCAUGACAUCUAGGAAGGAGGUAGAGAGCGUAUCCAUUAAGAUUGAAUCGAAAGGGAUCCUCUGCGAGACAAAGCGAUAUCCUGUGAAUACAAAUGUGGGAAUGAAUGAGAUGCUGCGGGUUCCUAUAAGCAAGGUGGAAAGCACGGGGACACCAUUGAGAUUCAUACUUCUGCUGCAUCACAAAUCCGGGCAUGUAACAAAGUCAUGUGAAGCCAUGCUUAUAAUUGACAGUAGCCGAAUUCGGUCAAUACAUAACAAUCUUCUUGAAAGUAGGUUAGCAUGGGACAACUAUGUAUCAAGGAACCUGCUCAAGAGUAUACGAAGUUUUUUCACAAGUGGAGCACCGGAUGCAUGGAGUCUUAAGAUCUAUCUGUCGUUUAUAUCUGAGGACGAGUUUAAGCUAAUUCCUGCGCCUCUCCCUCAGGAUCUUAAGUCCCUCAGCAAAUGGCUAGUGGUGAAGAAGUUUUCCUACAAUAUAUGGUUCCGAGGAUUUGUGAAUGUCAGAGGAGAUGCUGGAAAGGCAUGCACCAGCCUGUGGAAGAGAAGAUAUGUAAGAUGCUAUGGAUACAUGAUCUUUGUAUUUAACGAGCAUUCCAGAAGUCUCAUUGGUACAAUAAGCCUUGUGGAUGCAUGUUUUGACCCAAGCACAAGCAACAAAGUGUAUCUAGAAAAUUUCCUUCGUAUUAACCUUGGGCGGAGUUCGGUUGAGUUCCACUUUGACACAAAAGACAAGUACAAUACAUGCAAGAAUGCACUAAGUAUGAUGCUUCCUCAGUCGCUGUUCUACAAUAAGGUGUAG